AUGUCAAAGAGUACCAGCGACCAUUUUGAGUCCUUGGAGGGCGGGCAUAACUUUGCUCAAAAUGAUGCCCAGAAAUCCAACCCCAUCGAGUCGUCCGAGCUCAUUGCAAAUUCUCCGCUAGCAAAGAAAGUUCUUCGGAAAAUUGAUAUUAUGGUCAUACCGUUUAUAUGUAUCACAUAUCUAGUGACCUAUAUUGACAAGGCUAUGCUGGGAUACUCUGCUGUAUUUGGCUUGAAGGAUUCUCUGGAUCUACAUGGAUCACAGUACAGUUGGCUAGGCAGCAUGUUCUAUUUCGGAUAUCUGGCGUUCGAGUACCCUACAACGUUUGCAAUGCAAAAAAUCCCGGUCUCGAAAUGGCUUUCUAUUAACCUGUUCGUUUGGGGUGGUAUUACUAUGGCACUUGCUGGCUGCAACGGAUUUGACUCGUUUUUGGGCUUACGUUUCCUGCUGGGUGCACUUGAGUCUUGUUCGACCCCGGCUUAUCUUUUGAUCACAGCGACAUGGUACACGGUCGAGGAACAGCCCAUCCGAAUAGGCUGGUGGUCAACAUUUCUUGGCGUGGCGAACUCCUUUGGAGGACUCUUGGCCUUUAGCGUUGGUCAUAUAAAAGGAGCUCUAGAACCUUGGCAGUAUCAGUUUAUUGUCAUCGGAGCGCUGUCGUCGAUAUGGGCGAUAUUCAUGUUCUUUACUCUGGCCGAGCGCCCUGAAACCGCUCCUUGGUUGAAUCAAGAAGAGAGAAUUGUUGCAACUCGCCGUUUAGGACCACGACACCACGGAGCCAACCAUCGCGAGAUCAAGAAAUACCAACUUAUCGAAGCCGCUACUGAUCCCAAAACAUGGCUGUUUUUUCUUUGUGGAGUGGCCACCCAGGUUGUUAACGGAGCAGCUAGCAACUUUGGAAGUCUGAUAAUCUCCGGAUUUGGAUAUUCAAACCUAGUGACCACUCUUUUCCAGAUUCCUUACGGUAUGGUCAUCUUGGUCUCAAACGUUUCUGCAAUGUAUAUUCAAAGAUGGCUUCCUGGCCAGAUGAGAUGUCUGGUAGCUGUUGCAUAUGUGUGUCCAGCCUUGGCAGGGGCUGUGGGAAUUCAUACUAUCUCAAGAGAUCAUAAAGUGGCGCUAUUGGUCUGCUACUGGUUGACUAGCACAUAUACCGCUUCGUUCGCAAUGAUAAUGUCGCUCAUUACAGCAAAUACCGGUGGAUCCACCAAAAGGUCUGCCGUAAAUGGCAUUUUCUUUAUCUCUUACUGCGUGGGCAACAUUAUCGGGCCCUUCUCUUUCAAAGAAUCCGAGGCUCCAAAGUACACUUCAGGAAUCAUUGCGAUGUUGGUAGCAUACUGCGUUGAAAUCUUUUUACUUUUUACAUUUGCUUUUUAUGCAUCCAUGUUGAAUAGGAAGAAGGAAAGCGCCAUUGAGCGAGAUAGGAUCAGUCUUCAAGAUGUCGCAUUGCAGAGCAUGGAUGCGACCUUGGCUGAUCAGACGGACCAAGAAGAUCCAUUCUUUCGAUACUCCUACUAG